UGUCCUAAAUCUGCCGUCAGGGGGCGAUGAUGAACUGAGGACUCACACUGUACUCAUACAAAGAUCGAAGAAGAAGACGACGAACCGAGGCGGAUAUAAUCAUCCAAAAUGAUCGGAGAUCUUUUAAUUUUUGGCACUCUGCUCAUGAACGCCGGCGCGGUGCUCAACUUCAAACUGAAGAAGAGAGAAACGCAGUCUCAAGGGUUCGGCGAUGAAUCUGGAUCGUCCAGCACUGGUGACAACAUCAGAGAGUUUUUGCUGAGUCUGCGGUACUUUCGCAUAUUCAUUGCUCUUUGGAACAUUUUCAUCAUGUUUUGCAUGAUCUUAUUAUUUGGAUCAUAGAUUACAUUGAGGAUCACUACAGACCGCAUCGGGUGGAUUUAUUGUGAUGGGUUUUUUAGUGUGGGAAGCCUUUAAGUCUUAUCCAACGUCUUGUAAGACGUCUGUAUAUUUUGUACAGAAGUGUGUAUGAUUAACAUUGCUUUUACUUUGUGAAUCAAAUGGGGAACACAUGGGAACUACAUUUGUUUAUAUAUGGUUUAAAGCAGGGCAGUGCAAUCGGAGAGGAGUUUGAGUUGUCUUUUCCUAGUACCCUAUACAAAUACUAGCAGUUGUCUUAGUGGAUGUACCAUUCACCAAUGUAAAACCUUUGAGAAGCAAGCUUUGUAAUGUUCAUAAAAUAAAAAAAAGCUACUGCUUGGUUAACAUGAAAGAAUGCUUUAAAACUGUGUGCAGUAGAAUAUUUAAUUCUGGUGUGUUAAGUGCAUAAAGUACAAUUACCUUAAAAAAAAAAAAAAAAAUUCCAACAUCUUUAAAUUCCUGCAUUUUAGACACUUAACCUACAGUGAUCAUUGUUGCAUUUUAAUAUUGCUCAAG